GGUCUGUUCUGUUGUUCCGUGGUGUUGCGUAUGUUACGUUAUUAGCGUAACCUGAACACAGGGGAAGGAACUUAUAAGCUAUCGCCUAACGUCUUUUUUGAAGGCUAUCUCCAUGAACAACCUGAAUGAUCCACCAAGAUGGAAUAUAAGGCCGGGGCCACAUGAAGGUCCUGAUGGAGGCAAAUGGAAUUAUGCACUGUUGGUGCCAAUGCUUGGCCUUGCUGCCUUCCGUUGGAUCUGGACUCGGGAGUCUCAGCGGGAGAUCAAAGAAGCAAAGAGCCAGUUCAAUCAGAACAUGGUUGCCAUUGCCAAAGACUUGGAGCUAAAGUAUAAAGAUGCUCUGACGGAGAAUCGACGUACAGCUGCCAUACUCGAGCUUGAAUUGGAGAAGGAGCGGCAGCGGGUGGAGGGUUACAGAAAAGCUCUGGUCAGUCAGAGCCAGCAGCUCCUGGUGGAGCGCAAACAGCUGCAGAAAGAUCGGGAGGAAAUAGAGCAGGAAAAAACACGUGUCCUGCAGUCUGGAACAGCUGGAUUAGCACUCCAAACAGCUCUAAAACAAGAAGAGCAAUGGAAGCAGAAAGCUCAGGUUUUGCUUCAGGAGCUGGAGGUCAAGCUGGUGGAGAGACAAGAUGCCUACUGUAGUAUUCUGCUUCCCAGAGAGCGCAGAAUGGAGAUGGAGAAGAACCUCCUGCUCAAAGUGGCCAAGGACCCUGUAGGAGCUGAAUUAGGCUUGGAGGAUGACCUUCGGGACAUUUUUAAAAAUGACAAGCAUUGUGCCGACCUGCUGAACAUGGACAGAAGGAAAAAUGGGAAGCUGAUGUGGCUGUAUCUUAAAUACUGGAAUCUGCACAUAGAGCUUCAGGAGCACAAGAGGGCAGAGGAGACGCUCAAAAAGUCACUACCAAAAAUAUAGCAACACAGGACCUGUCCUGAACUAUAUAAAAAUAUUUGCUCUCUCCCGA